CAUUCACACAUCCAGCGGCUCAUCAAUCCUUGGUAUGUAUCGAGCUACACGGGCCUGUGUGGUUCGGUCGGCUAUGUAAUUAGUUGGCGCAAAUACGAUGCCCACCACCGGUAUUUGGCUUCUCGCUUGUCUUCUAUACAAUCACGGUAUACACGAAAAGUUUUCGUCUGUUUGUUUGUCGCACAUGAUGACACAUAUCUGUCUCUCUAUCUGUCUGUCUGUCUAUGUACAGCGCACGCGUCCAUCCACACGGCCAGUAAAGGCAGGCCCGCUGGCCAGCUACUCGAACAGUCUGCGCAUCUCCUGCUCGCUCAUCUUGAUGCCGGUCAACGGGCAACUGCACAACAAACACACACACCCGUAUAUGCAUUAUGCCCAUCUGGUCCGUCCGUUGCCUUUUCCCCACUCACUGACCAUCCGUGUUGCCUGAGGAAGCUGCUCAGGCACCGAUAACAAUACACGUAACCACUCGACGCACACGCCUGCAUCGGCACACAAGAACACCCAAAUACCCACACGACCAAAGGCCCGUCUUCUCCCUCCCACUCUCACUCCCCGGGUUUUGCCUUGGCUGGUGGCACAGCGGACACAAUCGGGGGUCCUGCGGCAGGGGAGGGGGUGGGGGAGGGGGGGCGCCGGACGAUAGACUGUCGGAUUGCCCAGACCCUUUGUGCUGCCUGGUGGCGAUGAGCAGGGGUGCUGACGGGGGUGGUGGGGGAGGGUCUGCGGCGUCGUGCGGCUGCAGCUGCGCCUCAGUCUCAUACCACCACUCAAGCAGACGCAACGCAGAUAUACCUGGGAAACAUACACGCACAUGUGUGUCUAUGUGAGCUGGCACUGUUGAUUGGCUGAAGCACACGCACCAGCGAAGAGGCUCCAUGAGAUGGCCUCUUGCACGAGAGCUGCCCGCGACCUGCAGACACACACGAGAUGGUUGACGGACCGCUCAUGUAUGUUACGAUCUCGUCAGCGUACAUGGGCUCCUUCGACUCAGAUGGUGGGGGGUCGGGGUGAGACCUGCAGGCAGCACGGCACACGUUGGGCUGUCUGUCUGUCUGUCUGUCUCUCUGUCUCUCUGUCCGCAGUCAUUCACCUGAGCACCAGUCCCAUGGCCUGCAGGUAGGGCGACCAGAAGGGCCACCGAUGCGGGUCCAGCAGAUACAGCAACGCAUAACCAGCUAGCACGCCCUCGUGGAAGCCGUACACAUACGGCAGCGCCGCAUCCACUGAGGGACGAAGCUUGGCGAUCCGCUCGGAUGCGAUCCGGUGUAUGGUGGCCACAUGGCUGCGAAUAGAGGCGACGAGGGGAUCGGAGGAUGCGUGUGGGCGGCUUCGUGGUGGCUGGGGAGGGGAAGGGGCCGAUGGCUCGGGUGGCGGGCGGACGACAAAGCGCCAUUGAAGAACAUACUGAAGCAGACAAGCCGACAGGGGAGUGGGUGUUGCCUCAUCGUCAGUUGAUGUGCGUACGUACGUCCAUCACUCACCUCUUCCAUUGCGCUGCGGAUAAGAGGGACGAGAAUGAGCACAGCAAGCGACGCCAGCCGAUGCCGUAAAGGCAGCCGAUCGCCGUACUGCAGCUGGUGGGCCUACCACAGCACGCACACACACACACACACACACACACACACAUAUGACCAUCCAUAUGCGUCCAAUCCGUCGCUGCAGUUCUCUUCGCUCGGCAUACUUUGAGCUUGCGUUGGUUGUCCACAUAUCGCAGCGGUGCGUCCCGCCCCCCUUUGUUGGAUGUGGUGCCCUUGCCAGGCCACCGCAGCAAUGGGGGCGGGUCGAUGACCACCUCACGCCGCAACUGGUAGAACCGCUCAGAGAACGAACUCUGUGCACACACGGCCAGACAGAGAGCGCAUGACCUGGUGUCAUCGACAGAGUGUCAUUGUUUGCAGGUUAGUUGAUUAGCUUGCCUGGUAGUGUGUGAGGUAAUGCCACUCGAGCGCUGCCAGCGCCAGCCAGUACACCACCUCCCAGCGGGUCAGGUAAGGCGACCACAAGGGAUACCUGAACACACAAAAGCAACACAGAGAUGCAUCCGUCUGCUAGAUGGGUGGCUGCUGAGAGUACCUGUUGGAGAUGACUUGUAUGACGAACUUGACGGCAGGCCUGAGGCCCAGCAGCAGCUUGUCCUGUGCCAGCAGCUCAAAGAAGGAGGGAGUGAGGCCACGCACUCCAUACAGCGAAGUGAUGAAUGGAUCCAUCUCACAGAAGAACUGGGAACGAGUACCACCUACGCCUGAAUCGGCG